GCCCUGCUGAAGGUGCUGGUGGACGAACGAGAAAAGGCCUUGGAGAAGCAGCAUGUCUCUGCAGUUGAGAAGCAGGCGCAGAAGUGUGAAGAGCUACUCAAUGCUCAGCAUCAAAGGCUGCUUGAUAUGUUGGAAGAAGAGCGGAAAAUCUUAGAAGAAAAAACCCAAGAAUGCAUGUUGCAACAAUCACAGGAAUACAAGGAAAUGUUGGAGAAAUGCAUGGAGAAGGAAAGGGAACGCAAUAAGGAGGCAUUGGCCACAGCGGCAAAGGUUGAAAAAGAGGAUUUGCAGGCUGCCAUCCUAGCAGCAGUCACAGCCGAAAGGGAAAACAUGAAAAAACUGCAUGACCAAGAAAAAGAAUUAUGGCAAGCAGAGAGAAAUAAAGAUCGAGAGAAGAUUGCCCAAGCGGUAGAAGAAGCAGCGGGACGGCAAAAGCAGAGUUCAGAA